CGGAGACAGCCUGCGCCGCGAACGUCGGGCGUGUGCGCAGGCUCAGUGGGCCCCUAGGAGGGAGCGAUCUAGCGGGCGGUCGAGAAGAGCGCUGAGCGGUCACGGGCUGUGGGCACGAUGAGACCCGGAGAGGAGAGGCCGGUGGAGGGGGGCGCCUGCGCCGCCGUCUUCGAGGUGGAGCUGCUGAAGCUGCGCGCGGCGGAGUGCAUCGACGAGGCGGCCGAGCGCCUGGGGGCCCUGAGCCGCGAGAUCUGGAGCGAGCCCGAGCUGUCCUACGAGGAGCACCAUGCCCACGGCGUGCUGACGCGCUUCUUCGAGAGCGAGCGCCCGGCCGCCUCGUGGGUGGUGCAGCCGCACUACCAGCUGGUCACGGCCUUCCGUGCCGAGUGGGGGCCGCCGGGGGGCUGGGCGGCGCCGCGCCCGCUGCACCUGGGCUUCCUCUGCGAGUACGACGCGCUGCCAGGCAUCGGGCACGCCUGCGGCCACAACCUGAUCGCCGAGGUCGGGGCGGCGGCCGCGCUGGGCGUCAAGGGGGCCCUGGAGAGCCUCCCCAGGCUGCCUCUGCCGGUGAAGGUAAUUGUUCUGGGAACCCCUGCAGAAGAAGAUGGUGGUGGCAAAGUUGAUUUAAUCGAAGCAGGGGCUUUUAAAAAUCUUGAUGUUGUUUUUAUGGCCCAUCCAUCUCAAGAGAAUGCUGCUUAUCUACCUGAUAUGGCUGAACAUGAUGUGAUUGUGAAGUACUAUGGAAAAGCAUCUCAUGCUGCUGCUUAUCCCUGGGAAGGACUAAAUGCAUUAGAUGCUGCUGUCCUCGCCUACAACAAUCUGUCUGUGUUAAGACAACAAAUGAAACCGACCUGGAGAGUUCAUGGUAUAAUAAAAAAUGGUGGUGUAAUACCCAAUAUCAUUCCCUCUUAUUCUGAACUAAUCUAUUACUUCCGUGCACCCUCAAUGAAAGAACUUCCAGUUUUGACCAAAAAGGCAGAAGAUUGCUUCAGAGCUGCAGCUUUGGCUACUGGGUGCACAGUAGAAAUUAAAGGUGGAGCACAUGAUUAUUACAAUGUUCUUCCCAAUAAGAGCCUGUGGAAAGCUUACAUUGAAAAUGGAAAAAAGCUGGGAAUAGACUUCAUUUCAGAAGAUGCAAUGUUGAAUGUCCCUUCAGGAUCUACUGAUUUUGGAAAUGUUACUUUUGUGGUUCCUGGGAUUCAUCCAUAUUUUUACAUUGGAUCUAAUGCCUUGAAUCAUACAGAACAAUAUACUGAAGCUGCAGGAUCACAAGAAGCUCAGUUCUACACUUUGCGAACGGCCAAAGCUCUGGCAAUGACUGCAUUGGAUGUUAUUUUUAAACCAGAGCUGCUAGAAAGAAUCAGAGAGGACUUUAAAUUGAAACUUCAAGAAGAAGAGUUUUUAAAUACAGUAGAAUAAAAGGAAGAUUUAGGAGCCACUCACGGAUCAUGAAGAAGAAGUGAUGAUUUUCUUCUUUAAUCUUUUUUAAUGAGGGAGGAGGGCAUGGCUUGUUUUUCAUUCUUAAGGGAGUCAAAUUCCUCUUACCUGAAAAGUGAGGACAUGAUGUGGAGAAAACACAUUGCCUCAUAUCUAGAGUGAAAAUUUCACAACUCUGUAUAUGAUGGAAUUGUGACAUUUCAGGGCUGGUAUGUAAUGGCAUUUCAUAAACAACCUGGAUGACACAUGGUUUAUCAGUGAUAACAUUUUAUAAAUCCGUAUGUUGUGUGAGUGUAUUUGAAAGAUCCAAGAGAUUUCAAGCCUUAUAUCCAGAAUUGCCACAUGAAAGAUUUUUUUUGAUAUAGGGUGGUAACAUUGUUCUAUAAAGUUGUUUUAAAAUUCAAGUUCUAAAUUUAGGGAAGGUUCAUCUGGAAUAUCUGACUAUAUCUGUUUUGGUUUAGAGAAUUUCUUCAUUGACAAUAAAAGUACGCUUUUUAUCAGAAAUGCUAUGGGGAAACAACUAGAAACUCAGGUACAAAGAAUAAGCUUUAGUUUUACCAUUUGAAGGAAAAUGAAAAUGUUCUUUUUUAUAUAUAAUUUACUCUGAGAGGUGGCAUUAAAGUGCUAUUCCUCAUUCCAUAUUUCAGUAAUAGAAAAAAUGGUAAAUGGAUAGGAUUAGACUCUUCCUGUAAGGUGUUUGCUUGGUAGCCCCACGUGUUCCAGAGGAAUUUAACUAGAGGAGUGAUGUCUGCUUAUCUUGAAUGUUAAUGCCAUAUAACUGAUCCCCUCUACCUAGCAGCCCUAUUCAGGUUUCUUCUCAGAAGCUAGCCUGUCCAGCUUGAGUAAACUCAGUAGUUUAUUAAAUUUAGGGGACAGACUUCUAAGCCUCCUUAAGCCCCAUGCUAGCUCAAUAUAAACUAAAAAGUAUUGUAAGUUUUUCCUGGUGUGACUUUCUCGAACAUGAUAAAAGAAUGUGAAACAAGUAUCAGGUAAAACAAAUUUUUUUUUUUUUUUUUAAAGGCCAAUGAUUUUUUUUUUUUUUCCUUUUAAUUUAUGGCUGUGUUGGGUCUUCGUUUUUGUACGAGGGCUUUCUCUAGUUGCGGCGAGCGGGGGCCACUCUUCAUCGCGGUGCACGGGCCUCUCACUACCGCGGCCUCUCUUGUUGCGGAGCACAGGCUCCAGACGCGCAGGCUCAGUUAUUGUGGCUCACGGGCCCAGUUGCUCCGCGGCAUGUGGGAUCUUCCCAGAUCAGGGCUCGAACCUGUGUCCCCUGCAUUGGCAGGCAGACUCUCAACCACUGCGCCACCAGGGAAGCCCAAACAAAUAUUUUAAGCUGUGAGUAUAGUAAAGGUCCAGUAGACUUUAUUUUAAAGGGAGUCCUCAAGUUUGAGUGUAAGCAUUGCAGAGAUGGAAGGGGAAGGAGGGAAAAGUGAGCAUUUGGCCUCUCUGCUGUAAGCAAGUCACUUGGGUGCUCUCUGCCUUAGGCUCCUCAUUUGGAAAGUUAGAUUAGAUCCCUCAUCCUUACAGUCCUUUAAACCUCUAAUUCCUAUUCUAUCUGAAAUUAUUUAAAGUUGAAACAAGGAGAAGGGAAUUUGGGUGGAGAGUUAGUAGUUGAGAAUUGCUUUUCUUCCAUAUCAGAGGUCUGCAGACUGCGGCCUGAUUUGGCAAGCAGCCUGAUUCUGUAUGGCUAGCAUGCUGGAAAUGGUCUGUACAUUUUGAAAGGGUUGUAGAAAAACAUAAAGCAUCAGCGACCAGAUCGUGUGACCUGCAAAACCUAAAAUAUUUACAAUCUGGCCCUUUGUAAGAUAAAGUUUGCCAGCCCAUCCUAUGUAACAGUAAAAUAAAAACUGUUUCUCUUUGACUACA